CCACAACAUUUCCCAAAAUUUGCACCUUCCCCAUGACUCAUGAAUCAUCAUCAUAACCGAAAAACAAACACCCUUUUUUCCCAAAACUCUCAUCUUUGUGCGACGUUUAAGGGGGUGGGUAGUAAUCACUGAUUCAUAUGAAAUGCUGCUUUCCCAUUUCUCUCUUCUUCACUCUUCUUCUCUCUCCUCUGCCUCUUCUUCCGCCCUUUCUCUCUCCUCUCUCGCCCCUCUUCGCCGCUCCCUCCUCCGCCCUCUCCGCCGCCAUCCCAGCAACCCCAUCAAAACCUUUUCAGUCAUGGAUUCUCAACAGAGUUCUUCCAUUGAACAGGUUACUCAAGAUUUGAAGAAUCAGAAGCUCACCCAUGAUAGUAAUCGUACCAAAUUGAAGCUUGAAGAGCUUAAUUGGGAUCAUUCUUUUGUUCGUGAAUUGCCUGCUGAUUCUAGGGUUGAUAAUAUCCCUCGUCAGGUCUUUCAUGCUUGCUAUACAAAAGUUUCACCCUCUGUAGAGGUCGAUAAUCCACAACUUGUUGCAUGGUCUGAAUCAGUUGCCGAAUCUCUUGAGCUAGAUCCUAAAGAGUUUGAGCGUCCUGAUUUUCCGCUAAUAUUUUCUGGGGCAUCCCCAUUUUUUGGAUCAUUGCCAUAUGCUCAAUGUUAUGGUGGCCAUCAGUUUGGCACGUGGGCUGGUCAAUUGGGUGAUGGUCGGGCAAUUACAUUGGGCGAGCUUGUGAAUUCAAAGAAAGAAAGGUGGGAAUUGCAACUGAAAGGCACGGGCAAGACCCCAUAUAGCCGCUUUGCAGACGGGCUGGCCGUUCUUCGUAGUAGUGUUCGGGAAUUCCUGUGCAGUGAAGCAAUGCAUAGCCUUGGAAUCCCCACAACACGUGCCCUUUGUCUUGUAACCACUGGGAAAUUUGUCGUCCGAGAUAUGUUUUAUGAUGGCAAUCCAAAGGAAGAACCUGGAGCAAUUGUUUGUAGAGUUGCUCCUUCCUUUUUGCGUUUCGGUUCAUACCAGUUACAUGCCGCUAGAGGGAAAGAAGAUCUUGAUAUCGUUCGGCGUCUUGCGGAUUAUGCCAUCAAGCAUCACUUCCCCCAUAUCGAGAAUAUGAAUAAGAGUGAAAGUUUAUCUUUUAACACAGGCUUUGAUGACCAGUCUGUUGUGGAUCUCAGCUCAAAUAAAUAUGCAGCUUGGGCAGUUGAAGUUGCUGAACGUACUGCUUCAUUGGUUGCUGGCUGGCAGGGGGUCGGUUUCACACAUGGUGUGCUGAACACCGACAAUAUGAGCAUCUUGGGUCUUACAAUUGAUUAUGGCCCCUUCGGUUUCUUAGAUGCUUUUGAUCCAAGUUAUACACCAAACACAACUGAUCUUCCUGGUAGAAGAUACUGCUUUGCAAAUCAGCCUGAUAUAGGCUUGUGGAACAUCGCACAGUUUGCUGCUACCUUACAAGCAGCUAAUUUGCUUCAGGACAAUGAGGCUAAUUACGUCAUGGAAAGAUAUGGAACUAAGUUCAUGGAUUACUAUCAAGCUAUUAUGAUAAAAAAACUUGGACUGUCCAAGUACAGCAAAGAACUGAUCAGCAAACUUCUCAACAACAUGGCUGUUGAUAAAGUUGAUUACACAAACUUCUUUCGGCUACUUUCCAAUGUAAAAGCUGACCCUAGCAUUCCAGACACCCAAAUAUUGACCCCCUUGAAGGCUGUUCUGCUAGAUAUUGGUCAGGAACGCAGGGAGGCAUGGACCAGCUGGAUGAAAUGCUAUACGCAGGAGCUGGUUUCUAGUGGAAUUCCUGACGAGGAGAGGAAGUUUGCUAUGGAUUCUGUCAAUCCAAAGUAUAUCCUGCGGAAUUAUUUAUGCCAAAGUGCCAUUGAUGCAGCAGAGCAAGGGGAUUUUGAAGAGAUACGUCGGCUGCUAAAAGUCAUGGAACGCCCGUAUGAUGAGCAACCCGGGAUGGAGAAAUAUGCUCGUUUACCUCCAGCUUGGGCUUAUCGACCUGGUGUCUGUAUGCUCUCCUGUUCUUCUUGAUUGGCUGAAAGUCACUGUGAAAUGAAGAUUUUAUGCUGGAGAGUGCAGGGUUACUUUCUGUACAUAAAUAGUGGUCUUGUUCUUUAUUUUCUCUAUAUAUUAGAUAAAUUUUUCUGUCUUACAUUAUUGCUUAGCUUUUUUCCUUUUCUUUUACAAUCUGAAAUAUAAUUUGCAGUUGAAAAAAUUGCACACCUUUGUUGUUGUGAGUCAUUGUAAUAUUCUCAACAAUAUUGCCUUACAAUAGUUUACAAUUACAUUCCAAUUGAGUUUUCUGCCUUUGUUAACUUUUGCGGAUACUCUCCUCCAUGUACACUGCGUUUUUUUGGUUGAUGAGAAAUUGUGGCCUUUCCUAAA